CGGCACCUUUUUUCUGGCCUGAUACGUGCCGGUGCCAAGCUGAAGGAGCUGGACCUGAGUGACAAUGCCCUUGGCCCCGUGGGGGUGGAGGGCAUGGUGGACUUCAUGUCGUCACCCGUCUGCUAUUCCCUGCAGGAGCUGAGACUAAACAACAAUGGACUUGGCAUUAAGGGAGGUACUAUGCUUGCUGAGUCUCUUAUGAGGCUGGUGGAUAAUGCAAAAGCUGCUGGAACUCCACUAGCUCUUAAGGUAUUUAUAGCUGGUCGCAACAGGCUUGAGAAGGAAGGUGCAAAGGUUUAUGCAAAGUUCUUCAAGGCUGUAGGCACUUUGGAAGAAGUUGCCAUGCCUCAGAAUGGCAUCUUCCAUGAGGGGAUUGCAGCACUUGCAGAUGCUUUCAGUACCAACAACAACCUCAGGGUCGUUAACCUCAAUGACAACACCUUUACCCCCAAGGGUGCUCAGGCAAUGGCAGACAAGUUGCCAAUGAUGCAGAACUUAGAAGUGAUCAAUUUUGGAGAUUGCCUCAUUAAAACAGCAGGAGCCAAGAUGAUUGCCAAAGCCUUAACUUCUGGACACAAGAAUCUGAGGGAGCUGUUCUUGGACAGUAAUGAGAUUACCAUCAAAGGUGGAUUGGCAAUAGCUGAAGCCAUGGCAGAUAAAGAGAACUUGGAGAAGCUCAUGCUGGACUGCAAUCAGUUUGGUGAGGAUGGACGGGAAAUGCUUGUCAGCCUUUUGAACGACUUGGGUCAGUUAGAGGCCCUUGACUCCCUAUUACGCAGGUCCCUGGAUCCGGAGUGAGCCCUCUGAAGCCUGUCGAGUCUGUUGUCAGUCCAGUUAAGUGUACUGCAGAAGAGUUCUGUGAGCAGCCAACAGCUGCCAGACUUCUUGGUUUGGGGAACUCUGGUCCUUCUCAGUUGGUUGAAGAAGCUAAAAGAUUGGCAGAAGGAAGUGAAGAAGCCUUUAUCAACUUCUGCUUGAAGAUCUUCAUGCGAACUGGAUCAAUUGCCACAACUAACAAUGGAGAGGUUCAGAAAGCGGUAAAUGCCACUACAGAACAGCUGGCUAAGGCAGCAUUUGCAGCAGCCCAGAAAAGCGACUCACUCUCCCUUGCAACAAACAGUCUUCUGGUACAUUUAGGACUCAUUAAAUGUGAGGAUAAGAAAUUCAAGUUAGAAUGGGACCUUAAAGGAUGCCUGAUUGUCCUGGCUACGAUUGUGUCAUCACCCCUCUUCCCAGAGCAGACGAAGAGCACGUUGCAGCUUUUCCUGUCCAAACCUAUCCCGAAGAUUGAUGUCUACACUCAGGAGAAACACAAACUUAUGGUAGCACUCUUUCAAUGAUAACUUCAGAUUUCACAGCCAGCAACGAAAAUGAUAUUCGAGACUGGUGUUGUAAUUUUAAGUAGUACUGGUAUUGAUGAAUGUGCAAAACAAUGUCCAUAUGAACAGUGAAUUAAUUUUUGUUGAGUGCCACACACUUACUUAUUUCCUCCUUUCAUCUUCUAUAACCCUAAUUCCACUAUUUCAUUUGUUUUUAUGAAUGAAAUGGGACUUAUUUUGGUCUGAGUCAGUGCAGCCAACCUCGUCCACCAAAAGUGCAAAUGGACAUAUAUACCAAAUUAUAUGUAUAUAUCAGUUAAUAAACUGUAUAAGAAAUGCAGUGAGUACCCAAUAAUUUGUUAGAAAACAGUUAAUUCAUGUGAGAGAGAAAAAAAAGAAAAAAGAAAAAGUUGUACCAUGUGCUGUCGGAGUCCACACAAAGGAAAUGUCAGUGGAUUAAGGCAAUGACAUAGAGGAGUCUGCUUUGCCUGAAAAACAUUAUCUGUAUUGAUAAUAUAUAAAUUAAUUUUACAUUAUAAUGUUUUCACAAUGCAAUGAGAACUAAAUUUGUUUACUAUAUGGAUUUUUUCUUGUUGAAUAAAUAUUAGGACCAUGGUGAGAAUAUUUAAUCUUGUUUGGAACAUGGCAUCUCGAAUGCAUGCAAUUUGCAAAUAAAAUUGCAAAGUUCAUGACAAGUAAGAUUGAAAGUAGAUUCUAUUUUUGUACUCUAGAGAUAUGGUUUAUGUGGGGUCUCAUUUGUAUGUAAAGGUGAAAAUGUAAUAUUUACCCUACUUAUUGUAAUAGCACAUCUGUUGUGCCACAAUUUGUCCAACACAAAUUAACAGGACAUGUUAUUGCAUUGCUUCAGACUAUGACCAUUAUAGGAUUACAAUAUUUUGCUGUCAAACUACAUUUAUGAAAUGUAUUCCACUGAAAUAGAAGCCAUAUUGAGUGUAAUCAUUGAGUGAGUUAGACCACUUAGAAUCAGGUUAGUGCAAAUUAAGCUUCUUUACUGGAGCGUCAGUAAAUAAGAAUGUUUAUAAUUGGAAAGAAGAUUCGUGGGUAACCUAAAGUUUAUUUACUUCUGGAUAUUUAAGAUAGAUAAGGAAGUAAGUUCAGAUGGAAACUUUGUAGAAUCUCUCAGUAGAUGAGCUAUCAUUUCCAUGACUAUUUUGAGAGGCAUUAUUCUCUUAUAUUAAGAAUUCCCCCAGUGUUCCUUAGUUCAAAGGUUACCAAAGAGUCAUCUUGAAAAUAAAAUGCCAAAUAUAA